GACUUGUUGAGAGCAGAGCUGCCUCCAGACAUCUUCAGAAAACACGACACCUUUUGUUGCCUUCUUUGGCCAGAUGUGUGAUUCUGUGACAUGUCCCAGGACCAGAAUGUACCUAAGUCAGAUCCAUAGAAGCAUGUCGGCAGGCAGAGAAGACCACCCUCUGGGCCGUUUAGUAGGUGUGUGUGUGCCUCCAGCGGUGCCUCCCACUCAUCCACUCAGACACUUCCGAGCAGCCAAGAUGUGCCAGGCCUGUGGGGUGAGAGGAGACGCAGGCUUUUUCCUCUGGGAGGCUUAUGCCUGUGCCUCCAUGAGCACUGCCCCUCUUUGAGACAUAACCGGUGAGAUAUGAUCUGUGUAUUUGGGUUGAGGGAAGUCUUUACAGGAGUUAAGGGUAUGGUAAGACCUUGAAAGACAAAGCAUCUCACCAGGCAGAGAUGGGAGGGAUUCCAGGCCCAACUGUGAACAUGAGGGGAAAACAGCUAAAGAGCAGAAAAGCAAAGUACCCAAAGUCCACUUAUGUUCUGUUAAACCUUUCAGGAAAAGUGGUGGGAUGGCCAGCUUCAUCUUUGAGAAAGCCCCUUUCUUCGGUUCGCUGGUGGUCCUCACAUUAUGGCACCACAGGGACGAGGCUCCCAGACCCUCCGCCAUCCUUUACCACCUCAUCCCCUUUCUCUGCAGCAGGAAGAAGAGCAGUGCUUCCCCAACUCUACAGUUCCCCUCCUUGCUUGACCUGCCCUCCAGGACCCCCUACACCCAGCCUUUCGAUGGAAGCGGGCCGAGAUGCAGGCCCUGAAGAGGGGAAGGUGUCCCCUAGGAAGAAAGGAAAGAGUCUGAAGAGAGGUGAUGGAGUAGGGCAGCCACAUUUGGGGAAAACUCCUGGAGAAUCAAUGAGAGUUGAUGAGAGGAAGAGGAGGCCACAGCAGGAAGGCCUCCUAGUUAACACUGAGAAAUCUGCAGUCACUGGAGGGCAGAGCCUCAGGUGGUUACAGAGUGAGUCUGAACACAACAGAACCUUUCUUGUUGCGGAGGACUUCAGAGGGACCGGCCCCACCCUGGCACCGGCACCAGGGAGGCGCUGGCACAUGCUGAACAGGACUUACAGAAAGACCGUUCACAGAGCAGGUGGUUUUCAGCUUUAACUGCUCUUAAUGCCCCUGACUUUUAGGGCUCUAGAUUGUUAGAAAUGUGACUGUGUGUGGUGGGGUAUCCCUAGUUCCCCCCUCUCACUCACUAAUGAAGAUGUACCUCCACUGCCAUUAUUAAUGAAAUCCAAGGAACAGGGAAGUUAUAAUGAAUGAAUGAUUAUAAGGGUAAAAUUCCCCUCAUUGAUCAUCAAAAAAUAAGGUGUUUAACCACUCCUGCUCUUUGCUGUACUAUAUAAACUGGGGUAUUUGUUACUCAUUUCAUUCAGUUCACUUACUUGAGCAGAGGUCCAUGAAUAUAAGCCAGAGUUUGUUUUGGGCUCUCAAAACUGCCAGGGAAAUAUAUAAAAUGAGUGAAUUUCCAAAUGCUGUCCAUCUCAGUGAUGGCAGAGGACCCAUAUUAUUACAUAAUUUAUAAAUAAACUAUUAAACUAAGCUAAUUAUCUUUUGACAUUGCUAAUACAUUUGUCUCCCAACCUAGGAAAUUUACAUUAGGCCCAAUGCCACCAACAAGGAGACUCUCCCCGGCCUGUUUCACUUGCGUCCAGAGAAGAACCUGGCACGUAAAGGGUGCUCGGCUGUUCGAUCAGGACUGGGAUGUACCUGGCACUAGUCAGCUAGACCUCACACAACCUUUGAUAGAUGCCAAAGCCACAUUCAACGCACAUACAGAUUCUGUAUGGGAAAAAGCCGUUUCAGCAACCUUCAAAGUUAAUAAUAAAAAGAAAACUGCUACUUAGAA